AUGCGGAUCUGCAAUGAGCCCACAAUGGCCGCUCUUGCGUAUGGCCUGGACCAGAAGAACUCGUCCUACCUUCUUGUUUUCGAUCUGGGCGGCGGCACCUUCGACGUUUCCAUCAUGGAGGCUGGUGAUGGGAUAUGUGAGGUGCUGGCCACCAACGGCAACACGAACCUCGGCGGCGAUGACUUCGAUCAGCGGAUAACACGGUGGUUGCUGGAAAGCUUUCAAAAAGAGACCGGACUGGACCUGCAUGGUGACAAGCAGGCUUUGCAGCGGCUUGCAGAAGCAAGCGAGAAAGCAAAGGUAGAGCUCUCCUCCUUGAACGAGGUGCGAAUCUCCGUCCCUUUCAUCACUGCAGAUGAGUCGGGGCCAAAGCAUGUGGAGGAGGUGCUCACAAGAGACCAUUUCGAGGAUCUCUGUGGAGACCUCCUCCAAGGCUUGGAGCAGCCUGUUAGGCAAGCACUGAAGGAUUCUCGUGUGAAGGCACAGAAUCUGCACGAGGUCAUCCUUGUCGGAGGCUCCACGAGGAUACCGGCUGUGCAGAAUGUGGCCAAGGAGCUUAGCUCCUUCAAGCCGAUGAACGUCUCUAUCAGCCCAGAUGAGGUUGUCGGAAUCGGAGCUGCGAUCCAAGCUGCGAUGAUUGCUGGUGAGGUCAAAGACAUCAUGCUGAUUGAUGUGACGCCGCUGACACUGGGAGUGGAGACGGACGGCGGGGUUUUCUCUCCCGUCAUGGAUCGCGGAACCGCGGUGCCCUGGAAGGCGACCAAAGUCUUCACGACCUCUGCAGAUGCGCAGGAUGCCAUCGAGGUGGUGGUGCUGCAAGGAGAGCGCCCCCUGGCCAAAGACAACAAGAAGCUGGGGAUGUUUCGGCUGGAUGGCAUCCCCACAGCACCGAAAGGUGUCCCCAAGAUCGAAGUUUCAUUCGACAUUGAUGUUGAGGGCAUUCUCACAGUGUCUGCCAAAGAUUGGGGAACUCGAAUGCAGCGCAGCAUCAAGAUCGAGGACUCCUCCACCCUGAGCGACGAGGAGGUGCAGCGCAUCCUGGAUAACGCGGAAGACAAGGAGCUGGAGGACGAGGAGGCCAAGUUUAGACUGGAGCUGAGGUACUCUGCAGCUAACCUUCUGGAGCAGACCGAGCAGAAUCUGCUGGAGCUAGGCUACAAGGCCCCAGCAGACGCGCGCGUGGGCCUGCAGCCAAAGCUGGAUGCCGUGAAGGAAGCUCUGCAGGAAGAUCCUGACUGCGACUACGUUCAGCUUAAAGACGCGGUAGACGAUUUGCGCUUCGAGCUCAUGAAAUUGGGAUUGCGCGUUUACGGAAAGCAGGUGGCUCCGGCUGGCACCCCGGGCCCUGCGGCGCCUCGCCGUGAAGGCGGUGUCGCAGGAGGCGGCUACGUCUUCCAGGAGGAGGAUCCCGACAUGCCCGGAGAUGAGGCGGAGGAAGCUGCGAAGUGGGCCGAGAAGAGGAGAAAGGCCGCUGCGGCGGCGAAGCCAAGGCCGCUGGACGAGGACGACUAA